AUGGUGGUUGUCGAACUGGAUUAUGCAUUCUUCCACUGGGUCCCUUGGGCGAAGAACUACCUUACGAUGUUCGUCCAGACGGUGCUCAGCGGAGACCCGAUGUACAUUGCUGGCGCCUUCGUUGGAAUCGCCAUUACAUUGAUUGCCGUUCUCUCCGGCGGGGACUACGUGCUGGACAUCUUCUUUCCCCACGAGCCUCUCGAGACGCACGAAACGAAGCCGGUGCCGCGCCAGCAGCCCGCCGUGGCCACUAGCACGACGCCGAAGCCCUUGUUGACUAUCACUGCGACCACCCCGACGUUCGCCGCGCCCCCUCAGCCAUCCCCACAGCCCACCAGGGCCCAAACGAGUGCGCCUCAUCCGCCAACCCCACAGCCCGCCAAGGCCCCAACCGGCCCACCUCCGCCAACCCCCAAGCCCAGCACGGCUCAACUGAGCGCGCCUCCGCGGCCCACCCCACAACCCGCCAGGGCCCCAACGAGCCCGCCUCCGCGCGUCGAAGCCAAACCCUUAACAACUGCGUGGCACAUCAACCUCUGGCAAACCCCUCAUGAAAACGGGACGACGACUCUCCAGGUGGUCGUCUUCCUCGACAAGGCCCUCGCCCCCAACGACGAAUGUAUCGAUAUGUUGAUCGACAAGACGACGCAGUACUACACGAACGCGCUGAAGUCGCAGGGCUUGGCCGUGCCGAAAAUGAAAGGUUACCGCAUGUACGAUCGGGACGCGAAGAAGCUGAAGGUCGACUUGGGAACCGUCGAGAGCACCACCAUCCCCAUUGUCGGCUUUGUGCGCGCCACGGUGCCCGAUCGACUGGUCCAGGUGUCGAUGGUGCUGUUGAGGGAUGUUCUCGCCAACCCGAAUAAGUACGACGACGGCCAGCCCCCGGAGACGGUCGUCAAGCGCGGCGGCAAGGGGUACGAGCGGUGGCUGCACGGGAGCACGUGUCUCACCUUCGACAUCGACCUCAGCGGCACGCGCAUCAAUGUCGCUACGACCAAGGCCGCCCUCAAUGAGUUGGCCGACGACUGGUGCAAGACGCUGGCCCGUCGCGGCAUCGAGGUGAUCGACCUGCAGGUGCACAGCGUCUACAAGUACAGCGUGCUCAACGCCCUCAAGCGCUGGAGCCGCCCGGGCAAGAAGAUGGCCGGCGGCCGCGUGCUGCUCGUCGUCCCCAGCGAGGACGCGAACAAGGCGCAGAACGUCGUCCAGGCGUCGAUGAACGCCGCCUUCGGGCGAUGGGGCGGCGAGAUGAGCAUGACCAUCGACACGGAGCAGAAAUCGGUGCCCGACUUGAAGACGUGCGACUGUGGCGGGCAUAAAGAUGACGAUCUCGACGACGCCGAGAAGGAGCUGGCGUCGGUGUUCGGCGUGUGCGCCAACCUGAACGAGAAGAUGCUGAACGGCGUGCCCGGCUACUGGGAGCGCACGCUCAACAUCUGCCUUCGCGACUGGAAGAAGGCCGUCAAGGGGAAACUCGUCACCCCGCACGCCCUCGAGAGCCGCGUGCGCAACUGCGCGAAGCAGGUGAUCAACGACAGCGUGAAGGAGAUGAACGAGCGGCUGUUCGACCGGCCGACGACCACGCCGAGGAUGCUGGCCUCGCUGGAGGACCGCUGGCUCCGCACCCUGGUGGCCAUGAAGGCCGGCCAGUACGGCACCCCGGUGUGCUACUGGGUGACCAGCGGGAUGAGCCCGUUGUUCGCGCUGGCGAGCGAGGAGCGCAAGCCCGUCCUCGACCCCAAGAAGGUCACCCUGGCCAUGGCCACGGAAAAGGUUCGCCAAAUCACGGACCGCGUGGCCGACGAGGCGCUGCGUGUCCUGAAGCAGGCGACGAUGCUGAAGAUCGAGGCGCUGGAGAAGAAGUGCGUGGAUGUGCUGAAGGUGAACGUCGCCUUCCCGAAGAUCCCCGGCCAUCCCACCUUCAACGGCACCUAUGGCGAGUGGCUGUACCUGACCGUGUCGGUGUCGUUCGACAAGACGGGCAUGACCGACGGGGACGUGACGGCUAUCUUCAAGAUUCUGAAGGGAAAGUGGAAGACCGGGUUGGAAGACAGGGGCAAUAAUGAGGGUGUCGAGUCGAUCGUCAUCCACAAGUUCCGCGACGGCACGCCGGCCAUGGACAAGAAGCUCAGGGGACUGCUCGUCUUCAAGGUGCCGCCGGAGCUGCCGGAGGUCGGCAGCCAGCACACCUACAAGAGGAUCGUGGACGUUCGCUGCGACGCGAGCCACGUCGUGCUUGUCCCCUCCUGGCGGCCGAUCCCGAAGAAACCCUCGCUCAAGCGGGUCUCGGUGGAUGAGGCGCCUGACUUCUACCGCCAGGUGGAAAACGGACAGUUGACGAACGAGUGGUUGAAGAAGGACAUGCCCUCCUUGUGGAAAUCUGAGUCUGCUCCCACCCAGGACCCCGCCGCAGGCUGGGGAGGACCAUGGUUU